AUAUAUAUAUAUAUAUUUAUAUAUAAAUAUAUAUAAAAAAGCAACACAACGCUGAAGACAGGGGUCUUCUAAGAACUCCUGCUUAAUUCACUCGGACCAGAAAUCUUCAGGAUUUUCUGACUGACUGUAAGAAAGAAAAGGACUACACUUCAGAAGAUGCGUCUCCCGGUGCUCCUCUGUGUCUCGCUGUGUUUGUCCGCAGCACCGGGCCCGGUGGCCGGGGCGGACAGGAGCUGCACCGACCUGCGGCAGUUCUACACCGGGAAAGGCUUCACUCUGGUGGAGGUCCCCCAGACAGAGAUCUCCGGUGAACAUCUGAGGAUGUGUCCUCAGGGUCCAACUUGUUGUACCAGCACCAUGGAGGAGAACCUGGGCGGUCUGAGCGCCCAGGAGACAGAGGGACUAAUCAGAGAGGCCGGCAGGUCGCUGCAGUCUGCCUUCAACGCUCUCCACAGGGGCUUCGACACCUAUUUCACAGAGCUGCACGUCCGCUCUGAGCGCUCCCUGCAGGAGGUUCUGUCUCCCCUCGGCCCCCUGUACUCCCAAAACACUCGUCUCUACGGUGAUCUCUACGCUGACCUGCGACAGUACUACCGGGGCUCCGCUCUCAACCUGGACGAGACCCUGUCUGAGUUCUGGUCCCGCCUCCUGGAGCGCACCUUUAAAAUCUCCGCUCCCACAGAAGUCACCCUGUCAGAGGACUACCUUGAAUGUGUUGCUAAGCAACAGGAGACGCUGCGGCCAUUUGGAGACGUCCCACGGGACAUGAGGGCAAAGCUGAUCCGGGCUUUUGUCACAGCCAGGUCGUUUGUCCAGGGGCUGAUAGUCAGCGGAGAGGUGGUCAGGAAGGUCUCACAGGUCCACCUGAGUCCAGAGUGCAUGAAGGCCCUGAUGAAGCUGGUUUACUGCCCCCACUGCCGCGGCAUUGCCUCGGUCAAGCCCUGCUCCAACUACUGCUCCAACGUCAUAAAGGGAUGCCUGGCCAACCAAGCUGACCUGAACCCUGAGUGGCAGAAUCUUAUAGACACCAUGAUCCAGGUGGCCUCUAGUUUCAGCACGGAGCCCAGCCUCGAUGUGGUUCUCUCCUCCAUCCCUGCUCGAAUCUAUGAGGCUGUGCACUUCCUGCAGGACAACAUGGACACCUUCACAGCAAGAGUCUACCAGGCAUGUGGAACUCCAGGUGAACCAGGAACAGGAAGUCCCCCUCUCCAUGAGCAGAGGAAGAAGAGCGGCUCCCUCACUGCAUCUGAGUACAAGCCCUCUCCGACCGCUGGGCUCAGAUUGGAGAUGCAGGUGUCAGACCUGUCCAGUAAGCUGAGGGAGAUGCGGCAGUACUGGACCCAGCUUCCUGUGGCCCUUUGCAGCAAAUUGGCAGCAGGAGGUGCCGGUCAGGAUAAAUGCUGGAAUGGCGUCACCAAAGCCAGGUACCUUCCAGAGGUUAUGGGUGACGGCUUGGCCAAUCAGAUCAACAACCCAGAAGUGGAGCUCGACAUCACAAAACCAGACAUGACCAUCCGGCAGCAGAUCAUGCAACUCAAAAUCAUGAGCAACAGGCUGAAAAAUGCACUGGAUGGCAACGACGUGGACUUCCAGGAUGCAAGUGACGACAUCAGCGGCUCAGGAAGCGGGAUGUGCGUAGGUGGUCAGUGUCCUCGGAACAGACCGGGAUUGUACGCCUACCCGCCCGACAACAACCGGGUCAGAGGCGCCGCCGCGUCUCAAACCCGCCUCAGUGGCCUCCUACUGCUGUUCCCUUUGGCAACGCUGCUGCUUCAGCGAUGAUGGACCGCCGCUGCCUCCAAUCCGACUCUAAAGUCUAGAGGAGAGCCGAACGACGGGACGGACACAAAGGGGGUUUGGUGGGAUGGGGGGGGGGGGAGAUUAGAACGUAACUUUGACAAAAAAUGAAAAGGACAUUUUGAAGAAUGAAUAGACAGCGUUUUCUUUGAGCGAGAGGAGCAACACUUUGACAGUGACAAUAUUCUUUUUUUUCUUUCUGGUUUUGCUCAGUUUUAAUGUCUUAGUUCGGGUGUGAUUCAGUUUGUUGAGCUGGUUUCAAUGGAUUGUUGGACGAAGAUGGAGAUGAAGACGGUGACGAAGACAAAGAGAAUGACGGCUGUGGAUGACGAUGAAGAUAAUGAUGGUGAUAUUGAUUUAUUGACACUCUAUCAGGUCCAUUCAGCUCCAGUUUCCAGUCAGGAGGUGGCAAAGCUCAGUGAAAAAAACUGUUUUCUUCCCCGUUAUGUGGUGCGUUCAACAAGGCUUGUUUUUUUUUUUUCAUUUUGUUGUUUAACCCAAGUCGAAGUUGUCUACCUUUACGAACAUUGUGUACGUUGUAAAUGUGUGUGUACAUUAGCUAAAAGACUGGCACCAUAUUGAGCCGUGAAUGUACAGUAUAAUACUAUAUUGGCAAUGAAUCACCCCAUAAUCUGUGGUGUGGUCGUCCAGAUGUUUUGGUGUUUGUUGGCAUAAAGCAGAUACAGUAUCACAGUCCUGAAAUGUAUGAGAUGUGUUGUGAUGGCAAGUUUUCACCUCAACGUGGGCAUUUCAAAAGAAAAAAUGGAAAUUACCACCUUUUUUUAACAAAUCAUCUCCUUUGUAAACAAGCACAGGCGCACGGUUUCCUUAAAUCCAUUCAUGACACGCUAACGCCAGAGAGGACUCCUUGUUGAACGCACACCUGCAUUAAAUAACUUUAAAUGAAGUCCAAGCAACACAGUGGGUCAAACCAAAGCACUUGUUACACUGAACACUUUCUUUCUUUCUAUUUUUGGACAUCAGACAUUCCCCCCGAGUACGUUGAACAUUAGGGACAACCCUUCCACAAUGUUUUGUAUAUGCAUAUGUUAAAGGAGAUAAAUCAUCACUAAACAGUACAGGAUAUGUGCAGAAUAUUGACGUCAUGUGUACAUUUGCCUAGUGAUACACCAUUUACUCGGCAUGCCUUUCUUGCAGUCUACACUACUAUACUGGUACAUAUGGGCCUCCUGAUACACACAAGUCUCUUGAACAUACACACACACACACACACACACCGGGGUUGGUUAUGAAGCAGAUUUUUAUUCAUCGGUGUAUUUAAUCACACAUUUCAUUCAUUAAAGUCUGUUUGAUUGUCGCAGUG